AUGUCUGCAACUACACGAUAUGACACCAUCAUCGUUGGGUCCGGCCAGAGCGGGACACCGCUUGCCUCCGCGUUCGCGAAUGCCGGUCGCAAGACGGCAAUCAUCGACCGCGCACACAUAGGCGGGACAUGUAUCAAUGAGGGCUGCACCCCGACUAAGACGAUGAUCGCGUCCGGUAGAGCAGCGUACCUCACCCGCCGUAGCAAGGACUACGGCGUCAGCUAUGAUGGGGACGUCCGAGUGGACAUGACGAAAAUCCGGCAACGCAAGCGGGAUAUCGUGUCCAGCUGGAGCGAAGGGGGAGAGUCUAGGCUUGUAAAGAACGGUGUGGAUGUCUUGAGGGGAGAGGCUAGAUUCACCGGUCCGAAGACGUUGGCUGUGAAGAUGACGGACGGCAGCGAGGAGAAGAGUGUGACUGCGGACCUCAUACUUCUGAAUGUUGGCGAGAGGCCCUCUCGGCCCAACAUCCCGGGCCUGGACGACAUCGACCAGACGAGAGUUCUCAACUCGACAUCGAUCAUGGAACUUGGGGAGGUGCCUAGCCACUUGGUUGUGCUGGGUGGCGGUUAUAUUGGCAUGGAGUUUGGGCAACUCUUUAGACGACUCGGCGCUGAAGUCACCAUUGUACAACGCGUAAGCCAACUCGUCCCUAGAGAGGAUGAAGAUGUUGCGAAAAUCGUGCUCGAAAUUCUGAAAGAGGACGGCAUUACGGUCCAUCUCUCUUCAAGUGCAACGUCCAUUUCCAAGAGCGAGGACGAUAGGUCAUCCUUUAAGCUACGAAUCCAGACCAGUUCCAACGAAACGAUCUCCAUUGCGGGAAGUCACAUUCUCCUUGCAACUGGUCGCAUCCCCAAUACGGGUACGCUCAAUUUAGAGGCGGCAGGAGUGAAGACAAACUCAAGAGGACACUAUAUUGUCGAUGAGAAGCUUGCAACUAGCGCUCCGGGAAUUUAUGGCCUGGGAGACGCACACGGUGGCCCGGCCUUCACGCAUAUAUCCUACGAUGACUUCCGAGUCAUCCGCGCGAACCUCCUUCCGGAAGCAACACCAUCCACAACCCCGAAAAUGAACACGACGUCUGCCUCCAAGUCUCGAAAUCUGGUACCGUACGUGAUGUACACUGACCCACAGCUUGGCCAUGUUGGGCUGCAUGACCGUGACUUGAAGGCUAGCGGGAGGAAGUACAAGACUGCCAAGAUGCCCAUGAGCUAUGUUGCGAGGGCAAUCGAGACCGAGGAGACGAGGGGCCUCAUGAAAGCUACCGUUGAUGCAGAAACAGGAGAAAUCUUGGGGUUCACCUGUCUGGGUGUCGAAGGAGGAGAGAUAAUGGCUAUCAUGCAGACAGCGAUGAUGGGAGGACUGAAAUGGUAUGACAUGGAGGCAGCAGUGUGGGCACACCCAAGUUUGGCCGAGAGCUUGAACAAUCUUUGGGGAUAUCUUGAAUAG